AUGACCCAUGCCACCAAGGCUAUCUACAAGUGGCUGAUACAGGAUAAUGUCCGAGUCAGCAAUACAUCCUCCUCCUCCGAUCAACGGACAAGUCUCUACAAUGAACAUGAUCAUCUUUCAACCCUCCCCAUCAUUGAAACAAUCGACUUCAACACCACCCACACCAUCAACAGUAUUAGAAUCACUCCGUUCCCGGCUGGCCAUGUGCUUGGCGCCGCCAUGUUCCUCAUAUCCAUCGCCGGACUGAAUAUUCUAUUCACAGGCGACUAUUCUAGAGAAGAGGACCGCCACUUAAUUUCAGCAGAAGUACCUAAGGGGGUGAAAAUAGAUGUCAUGAUCACAGAGUCUACCUUCGGAAUAUCAUCCAAUCCUCCUCGCCUUGAGCGAGAAGCCGCCCUCAUGAAAUCAGUUACCAGUAUUAUAAAUCGGGGAGGGAGAGUUCUCAUGCCCGUCUUUGCACUUGGACGAGCACAGGAGCUACUCUUGAUUCUAGAUGAGUACUGGAGCCGACACCCAGAAUUACAGAAAGUUCCCAUUUACUAUAUUGGAAACAUGGCUCGUCGGUGUAUGGUUGUGUAUCAAACAUACAUCGGAGCUAUGAAUGAGAACAUAAAACGGCUGUUCCGCCAACGCAUGGCUGAGGCUGAAGCUAGAGGAGACAAGAGCGUCACCGCUGGCCCCUGGGAUUUCCGUUUUGUUCGAAGCCUAAGGAACCUCGACCGUUUUGAAGAUGUUGGAGGGUGCGUAAUGCUUGCUUCUCCUGGUAUGCUCCAAACUGGAACCAGCAGAGAGCUCCUAGAGAGGUGGGCACCAAAUGAACGCAAUGGUGUCAUCAUGACAGGUUACAGCGUUGAGGGUACCAUGGGAAAACAGAUAAUCAAUGAGCCCGAACAGAUACCAGCUGUUAUGAGCGCCAAAAAUUCUGCAGGCCCUAGUGAUGAUCAGAAAAUCAUGAUUCAGCGAAGGUGUACCGUCGAUGAGAUCAGUUUUGCUGCCCACGUUGACGGUGUGGAGAAUAGGGAGUUUAUCGAAUCAGUCGCUGCUCCCGUCGUCAUCCUUGUUCAUGGAGAGAAACACCAAAUGAUGAGGCUGAAAUCCAAACUUUUGAGUUUGAAUGUAGACAAAGAAGUAAAGGUCAAAGUCUACACUCCUGCAAACUGUGAUGAAGUCCGCAUCCCAUUCAUGGUUGACAAGGUUGCCAGAGUCGUCGGUCGACUUGCAGAGACUUCACCACCCAUAGGCCAAGAUGAUUCUCGAUUAAUGGAUGGCGUUCUCGUCCAGAAUGGCUUCAAAUUAUCGAUGAUGGCCUCUGACGACCUUAGAGAAUAUGCCGGACUCACUACAACAAUGGUUACUUGCAAACAGUAUAUUACCCUCAGCACCGCAAGCAUUGAUCUUAUACGCUGGGCGUUAGAGAGUACCUUCGGUCUGAUCGAAGAGAUCAACUCGCCUUCGAGUGAAGCCGUGAAGGGCUCUAAUGGCGAUUCAAGCGAAACGCAGGAUGACUCGGUAAUCAAAAAAGGUGAAGAAGCGGACGAGGAGAUACCCUUUAGCGAACUAACCACAUACCUAAUAAUGGGUUGUGUCUUCGUGAAAUAUAAUCCACAACGGCGCGAAGUUGAGGUAGAAUGGGAAGGUAAUAUGAUGAAUGACGGUGUUGCCGAUGCUGUUAUGGCGGUAUUGCUCACAGUUGAAAGUAGCCCCGCAGCUGUUAAACGUUCGAGUAAAAAUAAACAGUGCCAUAACCAUGCGCCGCCACUCCCAAGCAAUCCUCAUUCUCAGCUCACUCCUGACGAGCGCUUUAUGCGUCUAUGUAUGAUCCUUGAGGCCCAGUUUGGGUCGGAAAUUGCUCCCAUCGAGCGCCCGAAAUUGAAAUACCAUGGUGGUCGGAAGGAAAGAUCUCCAUCUACAGCCGAGGACGCAGGCAAGGUCGACACUCCUGACAUCGAUGAACCUGAAGACGAAGAGGAACUCCGAGAAAUGGAAGAGCUAGAGCUCGCCCGUCUACAGUCUCUCGGCAUACCUGUGCCGGGGGUUGAAAUCAAGGUUGAUAACCACAUCGCUCGCGUCUGGCUUGAGACACUCGAGGUUGAAUGUUCCUACCCGGUGUUAAGAGACCGUGUUAGGGUGGUGGUCGAGAGGGCAGUUGAAACCGUUGCUGACAUGUGGAAUACAAAAGCUGGUAGUGCCAUGCCAGUCAAGGCUAUUCCAAACGGGUCUAACACGAUCAAGACUGAGCAGGUUGUUUAG